AUGGAACCAAUUUCCGCAACUGCAUCUCAAACAAUUUCCCCGCCUAUAUUUUACUGGGGUACACCGGUUGUGUUGAUAACAACGGAGAAUGAAGAUGGAACAUCCAACAUUGCGCCAAUGUCAUCUGCCUGGUGGCUCGGAAAUCGAUGCAUGCUAGGCUUAGCAUCCAGAUCGCAAACCACGAUCAAUUUGAUUCGCACUAAGCAAUGCGUCCUUAACCUCGCAUCGGAUAAUAUGGCCGUGGCUGUCAAUGCACUUGCAAGAACAACUGGGUCGAAGAAGAUACUGGACGCGACCGAGGAAACAGGCUUCAAACGCCUGAACGGCUACAAGUAUGUGCCUGAUAAAUUUGGACAUUCGGGCCUAAAUCCUGCGGCUUCCGAGCUGGUCCGACCGCUUCGCAUUGCUGAGUGCCCUGCUCAAAUGGAGGCCGAAUUAAAGGGGGUAUAUGAAAUGAUGCAAGACACGGGAGGAAGAAGACUUCUCGCACUGGAGGUGAAGAUUCUAAGGACUCAUGUUCAUGAAAAAAUUCGCAUGGCUGGGCAUGCAAACCGAAUUGAUCCAGAUAAAUGGCGUCCCUUGAUCAUGAGUUUUCAGGAACUAUAUGGACUCGCACCCUACAAGACUUCCGAGUCAAUUCUUGCCAAGAUCGAUGAAGAACAAUAUAGGGUAUUGUCCAAUCCUACAGACGACGAGAUAGCAAUGGAAAGCCAGGUUUAA